AUGUCGUCGACUUCAAUGCUCCGAGUCGCUGCUCGCGCACAACCCUCGACCUUCUUCCGUGCUAAUGGCCUGCGCAGCCUGACCCCCCGCCGUGCAAAAGCCCUCUACGCCGUCCCGGCCAUGGUCGCGACCUCCGGUUCCAUCAGCAGCUUCAGUACCGGUAGCAGGCUCCGUUCCGAUGCCAGCCACGGCGAGGAGAGCUUCGAGGAAUUCACUGCGAGGUACGAAAAGGAGUUCGACCAGGUCCAAGAUGUCUUCGAGCUUCAGCGCAACUUGAACAACGCUUUCGCAUACGAUCUCGUUCCUUCGCCCUCGGUUCUGACGGCUGCGUUGAAAGCUGCGAGGAGGGUCAAUGACUUUCCGACCGCUGUGCGGAUAUUCGAGGGAAUCAAGGCGAAGGUUGAGAAUAAGGGCCAAUACGAUCAAUACCUCGAGGAGCUCAAGCCACUCCGGGAAGAGCUCGGCGUUGUACUGAAGGAGGAGCUCUACCCCGAGGCAAAGUAG